AUGACGGUAUGGCGUCCGUUAUCCACUAGCGACAUCGUCAGCCUCGUUCAGGUGGCCGACAGAGUCCACCCCGGUCUUCCAGAAAGCAACGAAGUCUUCGCAGAGCGCGCCAGACUGUUCUCGCAAGGCUGUCAGGGCCUCUUCGAUGAGACAGGUGAGCUUCGCGGAUAUAUCAUCUCGCAUCCUAUCUUGUUUCGCGAACCACCAGCUCUAGACAGGCUUCUUGGACAAAUCGCUCUAGACGCAAACCAAUAUUACAUUCAUGAUUUGGCGAUUCUUCCUGAAUUCCGUGGGUCUGGUUCAGCGCACGAAUGCCUUAUAAACAUUCUGGAGACUGUCGCAGAGCAAUACCCGACUACUAGUCUUGUUUCUGUCUAUGGAACAGCGGAAUUCUGGGGGCGGUAUGGGUUCAAGGCUCCAGAAACAAUCGAUGACGAACUAAAGAAGAAGAUUUUGGGCUACGGUGAUGACGCCUUGUAUCUCGAACGCAAGAACGAGGCACAUCCAUCUGAUUCAAGGGUGUAA